CAAAGUAAAGAGAAAGAACCAGUUCGUUGGAAACACAUAGGAAGUGCUUGAUAAGUUGGAGAAAUGGGUUCAGAUACUCAAUACCAAAUUCCCGCAAUAGAAUUCACAAUGAAUUCGCUUGAAGUGGACCGAGGAACUGUCGAGUGGUACCAUCUGUGCAAGAAGGUUCGAGAGGCUUGUGAAAAUUAUGGUUGCUUCGAGAUUGUGUAUGGUAAGAUACCUCCGCAGUCAAAAGCCGAAAUCCUUUCAGCUUCAAGGAAACUUUACAGCCUUCCACUUGAGUCAAAGAAGAACAACCUUACCCCAAACCGUUACCAGGGUUACCUUGGACCGAGUGUCACUGCUCCCUUGUAUGAAGGCUUUGGCUUUCAGGAAGCAUCCAACUAUGAAUCCCUUAGAAGCUUCACAGAAGAAAUAUGGUCUCAUGACCAGUUUUGCACUUUCCUUUCUAUGAUGAAGCAGCUGGAUGAGCUGAGAGAUAUGAUUCACUUGAUGAUUCUUGAUAGCUAUGGUUUGGAAAAAUCAUCAAAUUUGAUCAUGGUGUCUAAGACACUGCUACGGUUACAGAAGUACACGGCACCUCCUUCAGGGGAGUACGCGAUGGCUGCCCCGGCUCACACUGACAAGAAUUUUAGCACAAUCCUUUUCGAUGAUCAAGUUUCAGGUCUUGAAGUUCAAACCAAGGACGAACAAUGGGUCAAGUUGCCUAUAUCUCCUUGCUCUUUCAUCUUUGCUGUCGGAGACUUCCUCAUGGCAUGGAGUAGUGGCAGAAUGCAUUCUGUGAAGCAUCGGGUGAUGAUAUGUGGAGAAAAAGAUCGACAUUCCUUGAUAGCAUCUGCACUUCCAAUAGAGGGUUCCGUCAUCAAAGCACAAAAGGAGCUAGUAGAUGAAGACUACCCACAAAUUCUUAAAGAUUUCGACCAUACAGAAUUUUUCAACUUCAUCUGUUCACCAGAAGGAAAAGCCAUUGACUCACAAAAGCAAGUUUACGCAUUUGCUGGAAUUGGAACUUGAUUUGUUAAUUAUAAAUAUUGAAAAUAAAGGUUUUUGACUUAUUUAAUGCCGCAUUUGCCUGAUGUGUAGUGUCUGAUUGGAUGAGGCUCCUCCUUUUAUUGUACAUCUUCGUCGACGUGACAUGCUUGGUCUUCCGAACCUCGAAGUUUCUUUGAGUUGUAAUUUAUUUAUCCUCUUCAUCUAUUUGGAUGGAGAAUAGUAGCUCUGUUGAUUUUCUGUUUUUGGCUAGGGGCAUGGCCGUUGUCCCCCGGUCCCCCCUUCUUCUGUUUGUAAUGCUUUUAUCUUUUAAUAAAUUGUGUUGGGAAACUCUACUCUUUCCAAUCCUAUUUCAACCAAAGAAAAAAAACGUAGUAUCUAAUUCAACU